GAACCAGCUUCGCGACCUUGGCCUUGGGCAGGCUACCUAACUAUCUGGGCCUAAGCUUGACUUUGUUAUCUCUAAAUGAGUUAAUCAUUCCUAUUUAACAGGAGACAGGAGGCCGGCAGUGAGCUGACAUGGACUCACGCCUCACAGUGCCUGACCCUGCCCCUGCAGGUGCCAUGAGCCUGGAGGACUUCCACAGGAGCGUGCUGGACGCCCAGGAGUGGAUGAAGGCGGUGCACGAGCGGCUGCACAUCAAUGACAACACCCAGGGGCCCCGCGCCGCCCUGGAGGCUCGGCUGCGGGAGACAGAGAAAAUCUGCCGGCUGGAGCCCGAGGGGCGCGUGAAGGUGGACCUGGUGCUGGGUGCGGCGGAAGCCUUGCUGGCCUGCUGCCAUGAAGACCAGAAGCCUGAGGUCCUGGCCCAGCUGAGGGACAUCAAGGCCCAGUGGGAGGAGACGGUCACCUAUAUGACUCACUGUCACAGCCGCAUUGAGUGGGUGUGGCUGCACUGGAGUGAGUACCUGCUGGCCCAGGAUGAGUUCUACCGCUGGUUCCAGAAGAUGACGGUCACGCUGGAGCCGCCCGUGGAGCUGCAGCUCGGGCUGCAGGAGAAGCAGUGGCAGCUGAGCCACGCCCAGGUGCUGCUGCAAAACGUGGACCACCAGGCCGUGCUCCUGGAGCGGCUGCUGGAGGAGGCGGCCUCCCUCUUCAACAGGAUCGGGGACCCCAGCGUGGACGAGGGGGCCCAGAAGAGGAUGCAGGCUGAAUACGACGCCGUGAAGGCCAAGGCCCAGGAACGGGUGCACCUGCUGGCACAGGUGGCCCAGGAGCACGAGCAGUACCAGGCGAAUGUGGACGAGUUCCAGCUGUGGCUGCAGGCGGUGGUGGAGAAGGCGCACAGCUGCCUGGGGCGGAACCGCAAGCUGAGCCCCGCGCACCGCCUCUCGGCACUGCAGGACAUCACCAAAGACUUCCCCAGGGGAGAGGACUCUCUGCAGAGGCUGCAAGAGCAGUCGGCGGGCGUCAUCCGGAACACCUCUCCCCUGGGAGCGGAGAAGGUGGCCGGCGAGCUGGACGACAUGCGGAAGGUUCUGGAGAAGCUGCGGCUGCUCUGGGAGGAGGAGGAGGCGCGGCUGCGGGGCCUGCUCCAGGCCGAGGGGGCCUGCGAGCUGCGGGUCCGGCAGCUGGAGACCGAGCUGGCAGAGUUCCGGAAGCGCCUUCACGGGCUGGCCCAGGAGGGCCUGGAGCCCGCAGCGAGGGCAGGGACCGAGGACGAGCUGCUGGCGCACUGGCGACGCUGCUCGGCCACGCGUGCAGCCCUGGCCUCGGAGGAGCCCCGCGUGGAGCGGCUGCAGGCCCAGCUGAAGGAGCUCCUGGGCUCUGCCCACGACCUGCAGCCGCUCUCAGACGCCGUGGUCACCGCCAUCCAGGACUUUCACAGCCUGAAGGGGAAGAGUGCCAAGCUGCGCAGCGCGGCGGGUGCCCAGCUGUGGCAGCGGCUCCAGCGCCCCCUGCAGGAUCUGCAGCUGUGGAAAGCCCUGGCGCAGCGGCUCCUGGACGUCACGGCCAGCCUGCCGGACCCGCCCUCCAUCCACACCUUCCUGCCCCAGAUCGAGGCGGCCCUGGCGGAAAGCUCUCGCCUGAAAGAGCAGCUGACCAUGCUGCAGCUGAAGAAGGAGCUGCUGGGCGGCGUCUGUGACCCCGACAGGGCGGCGGCCCUCCUGGAGGAGGCAGCGAGCUCGGUGCGGGACCGAGACCUGCUGCAUAACAGCCUCCUGCAGAGGAAAAGCAAGCUGCAGAGCUUGCUGGCCCAGCACAAGGACUUUGGGGCCGCGUUUGAGCCGCUGCAGAGGAAGCUCCUGGACCUCCAGGCCCGGGUCCAAGCCGAGGACGGGCCUCAGCCGGACCUUCCUGGAAAGCAGGCCCAGCUGUCAAGGUUGCAGGGGCUGCAGGAAGAAGGGCUGGAGCUGGGCGUGCAGGCGGAGGCUCUGCAGUCUCUGGUACAGGGGAACACCAGCCACCAGCAGAGAGCGGGCCAGCUCUGCUCCGACUGCCAGGCCCUGCAGCGGGCCCUGGAGGACCUGGUGGACGGGUGUCGGCAGAGCGUGCAGGAGCACCGCACCUUCAGCCAGGAGCUACUGGAGCUGCGCCAGUGGAUCGCCGUGGUGGCACAGAAGCUGGAGUCCCACCAGGGGGACGCGGAACCCGGGGACGCCGCGUCCCGAGAGGCCGAGGUCGAGAGGUUGGUGGCGGACUUCCCGGAGAAGGAGGCCCAGCUGCUGUUGAUCGAAGCGCGUGGCCGGCGGGUGCUGGAGCAGUCUUCCCGGGAGGGGGCCACCAGGGUCCAGGAGGAGCUGCGGGAGCUGGCGGAGUCCUGGCAGAGCCUACAGCUGCGGAAAGAAAGCCUGCUGAGCCUCAUCAGAAACUGGCAGAUGCGGAGGACCGAAGUGGAUUCAGGGAAGAAAAUGAUUUUCACCAACAACAUCCCGAAGUCUGGGUUCCUCAUCGACCCCAUGGAUCCUCUUCCCAGGCAUCGCCGGGGGGCAAACCUACUUGUGGAGGAAGAAGGCAGCCGCGAAGAGCGGUCGCGACUCCUGAGAGACUUUGAGCAGUGGCUGCAGGUGGAAAAUUCCAAGCUGGUGAGAAUCAUCGCGACGAGAGCCGCCACAGCCGAGGACCUGAGGACCCGGGAGACCAAGCUGCAGGAGUUGGAUGCUCGGGUGCCAGAAGGCCAACAUCUCUUUGAGACCCUCCUUCGUCUCAGACCAGCAAGGGGGACCUCGGAUGAGCUGGAGGAUCUGCGCUACCGCUGGAUGCUGUACAAGUCCAAGCUCAAGGACUCCAGCCACCUGCUGACGCAGAGUUCUCCGGGGGAGCCGACUGGAUUCCAAAAGACGCGGCGGCGGCGGCGAGGCCUCGGCCACCUCCUCCGGAAGGCCUGCUGCACGGCGCUCCCGCUGCAGGUGCUGCUACUGCUGCUGCUGCUCCUGCUGUUCCUGCUGCCCGUCGGGGAGGAGGCCCGCAGCUGCUCACUGGCCAACAACCUCGCCCGCUCCUUCACGCUCACGCUGCGCCACAGCGGCCCCCCGCCCACCUAGCCCGCCAGGGCCACAGCUGAGCUUCACCGGCCUCCGUCCGUCCCGGCACGCACGUCCCGGGGGAGCCUGGAAGCAGAGCCGCCUGAGCACAAGUCCUGGGUCCGAGUUCCCAGCACCAGCUUGCCUUGGGUACGGCGUCGCCUCCGUCUGUGUGUGCCAGUGUGACCCAGCGACACCUGUGUACAUGCUCCGUCUGCUGUCACACGGCGUGUCUGUUCGUGUCCCCGGAGGUUCCUAGCGGGGGCCUCUCCGGGGAGACUUGGUAGCCUUUGUGCCUUGGCUUGCCGGCAGCACCGGCAGCCCCUCUUCCAGAAGCCAGCCCCAAACCCGGAAGUCUGUGAACAAGCCUGGUGACAUCGGCACAGGAGCGCGGCCCAGGCCCUCACGCCCAGGCUGGUGACCACUGUGGGCACAGUGAGAAUGCACGCGCCCGUCUGCUUCUCUGCUUCUAAACCCAAACCCACCACAGUUCUGUGCUGUGGGGUGGAAGUAGAAAUGGCGACGGCCAGAGGCAGGCCCGGCAACGGCAGUGAGGAGUGACAGGGACACAGGGCAGCCUGACGGGGGCUGAGGGGGGUGGGGGGGCGGGGGCAGGGCCCCAAAGCAAAGCCGGACAAGGCAUCAAGGGCAGGAACCCAGGCUCACCGACAGCACGGACCACAGCUCCUGUCCACGGGCGUGGCAGUGGCCCUCCAGGAAGCGGCCAGACUGUGCUCCCCGUGUUUUGUUCAGGGGCAGGGAAGGACACAGACUUUAUUCUCAAGACUUCCAAGCACACUCUGUGCACUGCACCCCCACAGCCCCAGGGGGAGCCGGGUCAUUGCUGUCCCCUGGCACCGGAGGUUCACGGUCAGGGGUCAGCUGAAGGUUCAGGAGAGAGGCACCUGCUGUGCCAAGCCCUGGGGAGCAAGGGUCCCUGCUGGAGACAGCCCUCCCACCUCUUCCAGAUCCGCUGGCCAGCCUGUCCCCCAUGUGGCCCACUCGGGUCCAGAACCAGGCCUUCUCGGCCAGAUCUGGGAAGGUGGGCUCUAUGCCACACCCCACCUGGGGCGGGGACAGGGUGACUCCACAUGGGCGAUGAGGCCAGAAACACAUCCCUGCUGGGCCAGGGGCUCUGGGGUGACAUCUAAGUGCUUUACAACAUCGCAUUUGCCCUCUGCGAACGUGUCCCUGUUUUAAAGAUACUCCGUGCCCCCUUUCUCCAAUGGCUUUUGUUUCUGGCUGCACCUAGGAGUCCCAGAGGCAGGCUGCUCAGGCCCUGUAUUGGACCUCGGGCUCAUAGAGCGUUUUACCUGGAAAGGCACAGAGGGCCCCAGGCAUGUCCCGGCCCCUCCCGGCCUCGCAUCUGGCCCCAGGAAGCAGGGAAGGGCUGGAGCUCCCCUCACGAGGGUAGGAGGCCUGCUCCCUGGGGAGCUCUUGGCACCGACUCAACAAGCACACUGUCCCAGGGACACUUUGCAAACCAAGCCACAAGCAGGCAAACCCAAGCCUCAGGCCCCGCCUCCAAGCCUGGCAGCUCGCUGAGGCCAGAGCCGAUUCCUACUCUCCCACUUCCCAGGUGAGAAAGCAGAGGCCCAGAGAGGGCUGGGCGCUGGGCGCUUGGCCCUGGCCACCCAGUGAGAGGCUGCGGGCCUCCAGGCAGUGCUGUGCUCACGCGAACAGAACCCCUCCCUCCCCCGCAGCAACCUCCAGCGUUCCCCAUUCCACGUGAUGCGGUCGCGUCCCGGGGCGGCGUGGAGGGGAGGGAGAGUGCGGCUGUGGACAGCUGUACCUGUUCUAAACUUUGAUGGUGGUGCCGUCGAGUCGUCUGUUCACAUAACUUUUUGAAAAAGGAGAGAGAAUUGCUAUCCUCAUUGCUCUCCCAUCCGGCAGCUGGGAUGACACGGAAGAGCCGUUUGCCGGUGCUCCUCAUGGCGAGCGCGGGCGAUUAUUCUGUUAGGACCUUGCUAGCAGCCUGUUUGACAACUGCCAAGUUGCCAUGCAGCCCGCGUGGGUGUGUGCGUGCUUCCUGUGUCCCCGGAGCGAGAGGAGCCUGAGAGUCGUGUGACUGUCGUGUGUAUGUGUGCAUGUGGCUGGGGGGGGGUAGAAAGAGGCACAGGUGGGUCACACCCAUGCUGUCAGCGCCCCCUUGCCUGGCCCACGCGCCCUGCCCUUCCUCACUCUGCCCUGGGUGUGGCAAGGGGCACACAGGGUCUGGCAGAGAGCACAAGGCAGGGGGUGGGGGUGCCGCAUGAGGCCAGGAGCCGCCUGGACGUGCCAGCGGGAGGGUGACGGGGAUACAGGAAGUGCAGACAAGGAGCUCAUUGGUUUGGUUCCUACUGGCCUGCCCCUGGGGGGCCCCUUGCAAGCCUUCUGCCCUGCAAGGCUGCGCAGGGCCAGGCCCCCUUUUGAGAUGAGAACCUGGGGGCCUGGACACAUAGACAGUUGUCCAUGUGGAAGUGGAAUUUGAAGCCAGGUGUGGCCCCAGAGCCCAUGCCGGGGCAGGGGUGGGUGGUGGGGAAGGGCUUGGGAUGGCUCCAGCAGGUCGCCGUGUCUGCAGCCCCUGGGAGCGGGUUCUGUGCGCACAGACAGGCUCUCGCUCCGAGGAGAGUGACGUUCCCCGUGUCGUCUACCUGAUAUCUUCAGUCGGCUCUAGAGGGCGACUUCUGGCCCCCUGGGAGCUCAGCCCCUCCCCCCCCUGCAGUGAGGGCCACGGCCAUGAAUGACGGCCCCCAGCUGGGUUUUGUUGUCUUCCGUUAAAAACCCAGAGGCGAGUGUGUUUGCUGGCACUCCACGCCCCUCGUGGGCACACAGGAGGGCCCCUGAAUGUAUGGCCCAGCUGCAUCUCAGGCUCUGUCUCAGAGCCACCUGCAGGGACAGCCUGCAGCCACGCUUGUCCCUGGGCAGUUCCAGGGGAAGGCAGCUGGGGGCGCUCCGCAGCCGGGGGCCUGGGCAACCAAUGGCUCCUCUCCUGUGCUGCCACUGGGCAGCACUGGCCCACCUGCCCCGCAGGACAGAGUGAGACAGGGCAGGAGGGGACCUCGUCUCCCCUGGUGGACUGCAGACAGGCCCGAGCAGGGGAAGAGGCGCACAGUGAGCUGGUCUGGCGAGGGCACCCAGCAAGUGGGGCAGAGGGAGUCCGACACCAGGGCCACCCCAGGCUCCGUGCCUCCGACCCGAGUGGUUAAAAGGGUUAAAAUGCUAUGCGUGUGUCUGCCACCAUUUGAGAGAAAAGGGAGAGACAGUGACAGCUGGGCUGUGCCUUUCUGGUAGCCAGGGCUCACCCACGGCCAGGCGGCAGCGGCAAAGCUUCCACUGAGCGAAGACAGAGCCAGGAGGAGGAGGGCCCAGGUGCUGAGCCUCUCCCUGGGGUCUUUUUUAUCAGGAUGACGACUCCAUCCCGAGAGCGUGUCCUUCCUCAGGAGCCCACGUUCAGUGGCCUGCGGGGACAGAGUUGUGUCUUCCUGUGUGGGGUCUGUCUUGAAUCCUCGUUGGGCGGAGUCAAAAGUCGCCAACUUCGUGUUCUUUCUGGGAGAAGGGGAGAUCCUGACGUGUGGGAGGCCCGGGGCUGGAGAAGGCGGGGAAAGAGAAGGAGUUGGGGAAUGUGUGAGCGGAGGGUAUCAGGACAGUGGUUUGGUCUUCCAGUGCAGGAGGGAAUCCCAGCUCAUGGGAGGUCUGAGAGGAGAGCAAAAGUGAACAGAGCGGUUGGAUGGAUACAGAACACUGUCUUCUCCAGUGUUAGGAGUUAGCGAAGUCACACAUCCCAGCUCUGUUCACGUGUUGUUGUCAAUGCAAGACUACAGGGGAGUGAGAUGGUGAUUUAUGGCGGCUGGGCAUGGGGAGGCCAGGAGCCUUGCAGCUAAGACCUGUAAAAGUACAUGUGUUGGCUCCGAGGUGCCACGGCCACGUAUGUGCCCAGAAUCUGCUUCCUGGCCUCUGGUCAGCGGGCAGCCUGCGCCUCUUCCUGUUAAUCCAAGGCAGUGAGUGUUCUCCAAGUCCUGUCUCCGUUCCAGGCUUGUGCAGCUCCUGCUCUCCAGGCACCCAGAGACCAGGGAAAGGGUUUGUGCCCUAGAAGAAGCCAAAGCACACUUGGGCCGUUGCCCUUGACUUUGCUCCUCUGCCUGCCCUGGGGUGGCUGGGCCACGUGGAGGAGACCUGCCGGAGUUCAGGAUGGCCGUGGGGGUAGCUUGCUGCCUCUUGGAGAUUACCGUGGCCACCGAGUUGCUGGACCACCAGGGCUGGCAGGUGCAUCCUCGGGCUGUGCUGGGUCUCGGGGUGUAGGCUCGAGGGGGAGCUGAGUCAAACACCCCACAUUGUGUCGUCUCUACUGUUAGCACCACUGUUAGUCUGUAAUCUUGGUAAAAAUUGGAAGUACCAAGCUGAGAAUCGCACUCUGCCCGUGGAGGGUUUUCCACGUCGGUUGUGUGCCUACUGUGUGGAUCCCUUGUCCGUGAACUGGGAAGAACUCCUGCCAUUCCCCACUUCCUGCUGAUGGGUCACAGAGCAGAGGAGCUGAGGGACCCCCGAGGAGGCUGGGUCUGCAGCUCUUGGGCCCCGCUCCCUGCCUGCUGCAGGAGUCCUGAGAUGCCAGCAGCUUCCUUCGAUGUCUGCUGUCCUAGUGUCUCUCCCUGGAGGCAGUGCAGUGGUCACCAGGCACUUUGUGUCCCUGGAUGUGCUCAUUCCAUCUCUCAUGCGAGCUCAGCUAAUGCAGCAGGAGCUCCCCCGACUCUCCGCACCCCAGUCCAGCUGCCACAGGUCCAGGUCAGCGUGGGAGGAGAGGUGUGGGCCCCACAUCCCUUACUGCAGCCACAGCAGACAGCAGUAAUGGAUCACCGAGGUAGUCCUCUCCCUGAUGCAGCCUGAACAGAGCUCAUGGUCCUAAGUCCCUCUCAACUGCCAAUCAAUCAUAUUUGACAGAUGAGAGAAGUCUGUUUGACAUCCUUAGAGCAGAUGGCAGCCCCCUCAUUCUGAUUUCCUUCUUCUAUAAAUAUAUAAUUCUAUAUAUAUGUAAAUCCAUAUAUGUAAUUCCAUAUAUGUAUAUAUAACUCCAUAUAUAUAUAAUUCCAUAUAUAUGUAAAACCUCCUAUUAGAAUGUACCCAAUCAGAAAUCACUUUUUGUUCAUCUUGUUCUUGGGGGAGACAAACUAAGGUAAUGGGAGGUAAAGCAGAGCGGAAAGUGUUAACUGCUCCUCCGCGGGCCUAUUUUUUCAGGCUGUCUUGGUUCAGCUUUGUGCCCAUUUUACAGGUUAGAACAGUGAGGCCCAGCAGCUCCUGCUUACCCAGUGAGCUCAGGGAGUUCGUCCAGAGGUGGGGCUAGGUCUGUGCAUUCCUUGGGUGACAACGUGACCCUGCACAGCAGUGCCCGGGGCUGAGCCUGGGCUCUCCUGGUCCUGGGCCGUGUGGCCGUAGGCCAGUUCACUGCUGCCUCCUCCCUUCCUAGUGGUGAAAGGGAAAAUUACCCAGGAGCCUCUUGGACUCCUUGAGCUGCUGUGUAUUCUGGAAAUACAAGGGCGGGCUCCUGUCUGGAGGAAACAAAGUCGCCCUCCCCCGCCAGCUGUGGCUCAGACUGAUAGUGACUCGACCUUGCUCUCAUCUUGAGAAAUCCCAUUGCCGCUUCUGCAGCUGGGAGGUGUCAAGGCCAGCGGGUGUCAGCUUGCUUUUCUGUGCGGUCACGACAACCUCGUGGCCCACUGUGCUUGCUCUACCUCCAAUUUCUCAUCUAGAUCCCAGGCAGGAAGAAAGGGAGUGAGUUUAGUGAAUCUGUUUUCCCGGAUGCUCCUCUGACAACUUUCACCCUCAUCUUGUUGGCCAGGACACUGUCACGGGGCUCCCCUUGUCUGGGAACAUGCCCCCAACAAGACGGGGCUCCCCUUGUCUGGGAACACGCCCCCAGCAAGACGGGGCUCUUUGAGAAAAGUGGGGAGGAUGGAUUAGGGCGGUACCUGGAUGUCAAUUCCACAGGCAGAGAAGCCCAAGCCUCCGGGUCUGGCUGUCUCUGCCAACAGAACGUGGAGAUGCUCACCCUUGAACUUGAGAAUGACCUGGCACCACGGCCAGGAGCCUUUAGGUCCCCCAGGUUUGGCAGAUGUUCUCACGAGGCCUGGUCGACCCUGCGGGGCUGGGUCUGUGUGUAGACAGGGCCCAGCCCCCCCACCCUGCUGUGCUCCCCAGGGCCCUGCCCCCUACCCUGCUGUGCUCCCCAGGGCCCAGCCCCCCACCCUGCUGUGCUCCCCAGGGCCCAGCUUUUUCAUGCCCUGUGUUUGCUUUCCGUGCAGCAAAUUUCUGUUCACUUUUUUUUUUCUUGAGCAUGAGGAGCUCCUGGGUUCAGAUCCUGAGCUUUUCCCAGCCACUGCCAGUUUUCUAGCAGGCACUGAGGCCUUGAAAGGAAACAGGAACACUCGUAGGUGGCCCCCGUCACCCACCGAGACCCGGGCUCCCGCAGCAGGGGCCACAGUCGGGGCUGGAAGGCAGGCCUCGUUUCUCCCCCAGAGAACACCUGUGUUUGUCCAAGUAGGACCAACGGGGAUUUGUUUUGAAAGGGAAAUUAUAAAGCAGAGAUUCAUGGUCUAAAAGCAAAUCUGAGAGCCCUGGAGAGUGGCCAGCAGGACUCAGCAUCGCCUGGCACCUGCCCGUGGUUGUCAUGGUUACAGCUGCUCCCAAGUUGAUACCCGACCACCUCCUCUGGACAGGAGUCAGCAAACUCCGGGAGGAACCUCAGUCUCCCCCAAGGGGUCCUGGGCUUCCGUUCUGGAAUGCUUCUGAGCCCAGUGGGCGGGUCAGCAGGCCUGUCCCUGCCGGGGCACCUCUGUAGGGAUGGGGGUCAAAGGUGUGCAGCCCCUCCCCUGCUGUGAUGAUAAAGGCAGAGCAGGAAGCCAGGUGAGGCCCCCCAGUGGGGCCCUGACUCCCAGACGCCUGUGCUACGAGUGCACACUGAAGGCGGAGCACAGAGGUGGGUAAAGCACCCGGCCAGGUGGUGAGCAGCGAGCCUGGCACUUGAGCCCUGGGAGCGUGGCUCCAGGCCCGACGUUGCUGUCACUCCUAGAACUUCGCCUUGGCUGCAGUUGCUUUGCUUUGCAGGCCACAGGCUGUGGUGACGUUGACAGCCGCUUCGCUGGUGGAGGCGCCAGAGCUGCGGCUGCACGUUUCCUGCACGAGCCCACGCCCCCGCUGCCGCCGGGAGCUGGCAAGGCCAGGACGGAGUGCAGGGCACAGAGCAGGUGCUGACUGUCUGCCUGGUGCUCCCAGAGACGCAGGGACCCACAGAGUGCAGCGUCUACUACGAGCUGGCUCCUGCCAGGGCAGCCGGCUGUGCGUGUUCCAGAAGUCCUGCCGGGGAGGAGGAAGUGGCCGGGCGAUGUGUGUGUAGUUGGUGUGCGCGUGUGUGUGUGUGUGUGUGUGUGUGCAGGAACGAGUGCCUUCCCCUCCAAACCCAGAGCCCAGCCUUCAUUCCAACCCGAAUGGGUUUUUUGGUUUCCUUGUCUUCCCAUGGAAGGGCUCAGAGCGGAGGGGCAGGAGCCUCCAACAUCCCAGCCGGAAGGCAUCUGUCGACUCCGGCACUCGCACUGCCCCAAGCCACGUCUGCCUGGGCACGCUCACCCCAUCCUCCCUACCUGGGACCUGGGUGCGCUAACCCCACGCUGCCCAUUUGCUCGCGUGGCCGGAACAGUGGCUCACGCAGUGCGAGGCAGGCGAUGGGGUGGGGGGUGUGCGUGUACACGCGUGUAGAUGCUGCGUACGUGGUUUCUGGUGGCAAAAGCCAGCUGAUGUCAUUGUUUCAAAUGUGCUGUUACGUACUGAGUGUGCAGAGGGACCAUAUCCAGUGUUAUGUUGUUUGUGACUGUAAAAUACGCAUUUGCAAUCAGUUAAGCUUUCUGGGAAGGGAAGCGGUGUCGGAGCCAAACAACUGUCUUGGACCGUGUGUGUGUUAUCUGGGUUCCUGGGGUCCCUCCCCGCCGUGCCGGCCCAGCCCGGAGGCUGCGGGACCCGGGGCCCCGCUCGGCGCUGCGGUGUGGGGUCACGCUGUAGCGUUCUUCCCUUCAUGUUCCAGGCGAUGUAGCCGUGUUCCAGAAGUCGUUUGACUUUCUUGUCGCUUUGUGUUUUUUUAUAAUGUAUCUGCUUUGUGUUUGGAAAUAAAAACAUCUCUAUUUUGGUCUAUGAA